UUACGCCCAUUUUUGGUCAGGUGCAAGUUAUACUUGUGAGUCCUGUCCAAAAUUGCUUUACACGGGUCAUAGCCGGAAUCGGUCGCUGAUUCAAGUCCGGAAAUUUGUGAGACAUUUCCGUGAAUAAAAACGACAAAAGAUUGAUGGUGGAGGAAAGGAAUUCGUGACCAUGAAUCCUUCAAUACUCUGUAUUGGCCUAUUGAUUUACGCAGCAGGUUAUGACGCUAGCCCUACGCCAAACGGCGAGAGCCAGUCAUGUUUCACGUGCCACAAUAUCGCAGUAGGGGAUGUGUGUAACCACACACAAACAUGCAGUCCCAAUCAGGGUGUUUGCAUCACGCAGAUCUCAUUAGCUGAAGAUGACGCGUGGGUGACUCGCGCAUGCGCAAGACUCACUAUUUGCGCAAACUCUGAAGAGAACAACGCAGACGAGUGUUACUGGGAGAACCCGGCCUCCUACGGCUUCGAGGGGAAGUGUUCCUUCUGCUGCAGCGGCAACGACUGCAACACCGAACUCCCCGCAAAUUUCCGGUUGCCACGCGAGGAUUCGGAGGACCCAGGCGAUACCGGUGUUAUUAAGCAGCCAAAGGCACCACCAAAACCUGGCGGCACCACACGACCAAAGCCAGGUAGAACCACAGGCCCUAAACCAGGUGGACCUAAACCAGGUGGUACCACAAACCCAAAGCCAGGUGGAACGACCCGGCCAAAGCCAGGAGGAACCACAGGCCCUAAACCAGGUGGACCUAAGCCAGGUGGUACCACAAACCCAAAACCAGGUGGAACGACCCGACCAAAGCCAGGAGGAACAACAAGCCCUAAACCAGGUGGUCCUAAGCCAGGUGGUACCACAAAACCAAAGCCAGGUGGAACGACCCGACCAAAGCCAGGAGGAACAACAGGCCCUAAACCAGGUGGUCCUAAGCCAGGUGGUACCACAAAACCAAAACCAGGUGGAACGACCCGACCAAAGCCAGGAGGAACAACAGGCCCUAAACCAGGUGGUCCUAAGCCAGGUGGUACCACAAAACCAAAGCCAGGUGGAACUACCCGACCCAAGCCAGGUGGAACGACCCGACCCAAGCCAGGUGGAACGACCCAACCCAAGCCAGGUGGAACAUCAAGACCUAAACCACCUGCAACAAAUCCACCAAAUCCUCCUUCAAACAACCCAUCCAACCCACCGGCAACUAACCCUCCGGCAACGAACCCAUCGGCAACUAACCCACCACAAACUAACCCACCGGCAACUAACCCACCGGCAACGAACCCACCGGCAACCAAUUCACCGCCAACAGCCUCUCCAAAUCCCCCAGCAACGAAGCCACCAAGUAAACCACCGGCAGGGGGCGGAUCGUCGCAUGGUAACUCAGGGGAAAGUAGCAGUUCCGAAAGUUCCGAGGAGAGCGGAAGUGGAGGCCGUCCGAGCUGCGGCGGGAAAGGAUGCAGUGGCCGCGAGCCACAAUCUGUAGACAUCGAUGUUAAGAUCCAUAUCGGUCGGAACCAGCUAAAGGGUGGAGGAUCAUCUUGUGAAGAUACUGACCACGGGAAGCAUCCUCAUAGACCGAGCCAUCCAAAAACAACCGCUCAACCACAAACACAACAACAAGCUGUCACCGAUAAGCCUACAAUGGCCCAGCCAACUCACAGCCCAACCAACUCACCCUCAACCCAGCCACCGCCAACUAAUCCUUCUACACAAACAACCACGCCCGAAACAACAACUACUCAGUCAACAACUCAGCAACCAACAACACAAUCACCAGCCACUCAACAACCAACAACCCAACCACCAACCACUCAGCCACCAACCACUCAACCACCAACAACUCAACCACCACCAACACAACCACAAACAACACAACCACCAACAACUCAACCACCAACAACUCAACCACCAACAACUCAACCACCAACAACUCAACCACCAACAACUCAACCACCAACAACUCAAUCACCAACUACAACCAGCUUACCCGCCGUCACAGCUACCGCCUACCCAACAUCGUCAACUAGUAAACCAUUCACGUGCUACACGUGCCAGGACAGCACGUGUCAGAACCAGAAGCUUGUCACGUGUCCUACAGACGAACACUUCUGUCUGACCACAGUGGACCAGAAGGCGGACGGUUCCAGAGUGUUCACCAAAGGCUGCGUCAAGGAACCGGAAUGCGAGGUGAAAUGGUGGCAGAAUACUUCCGGCAAGUCCGAGUGCAUGGUAAGCAUCGACGACGCUCCUUCCGGCCCUCCGAACAUGGCGAUGACGUGCAGCUUCUGUUGCACGAAAGACACGUGCAACGAGUUCGCCAAGCCGUCUGAUCCAUAUGCGUACUACAUCGGGAAGAGCCUCCCGAAGAUACCUUAAUCUAUGUGUAACUGUCUUGCUUCAAUCACGGAAAUUUAAUUGAAAAGCUAUUGCCUUAACUCUCGGUCAUCCGUGCUGAUAUUAAGCGUGAAGCAUUUUAUAUUUGUGUAUGAUCAAUCCACGUUAGUUCAUAAAACGACAAUGAUACAUUAAUCAAAUCCAGAAGCCAUUUUAUUGAAUGGUUCAAAUACUUUCGUAUCUAAAGCUAUAUCUCUUAGUUAUGAUUGGCAUUGCAAUAAUCAUUUUAUGUGAAAAAGAUUUGAUUAUGUUUUGCCAAUGUCACCUUUUUUUAAACGUGAAUCGUCCAAUGCAUUAUUAUGUUUUGUUAAACAAGAAUGUAUUCAAUGAAUUUAUAUCAAUUUAAUAAGUGUUUCCUUAAA